AUGGAGGAGGAGGACGCACUGCUUAUUUUAAAUGUCCAGGCAAUGGCUGUCCUCUACAGGAUGCGAAGGAAACGCCACCGACGAGAUAUGUAUGUGAGGGAGAUAUUCGCUCGGCGGUGGGAACAAGGGGACUUUAACAAUCUAGUCCGCGAGAUGGAACUCGGUGACCACACCUACUUUUUCAAGUAUCUGCGCCUUACCCCACCAUUGCUAGAAGAGCUGCUCCAGCUUGUAGGCCCAUCGCUUCAGCACCAUCACACCCACAGGACACCCAUAGACCCAAAGCAACGUCUUGUUCUUACUUUGAGGGGUCAUCGAUCUAAAGACUGCAGGUCGAAGAGGAAAUGUGGGAAAGCUGGAUGCACUAGGUGGCAUCAUGUGAUGCUACAUGUUGACUCUCCACCUCCGAUUGUCCAGUCUGCUCCUUUUUCAGGUUCUGCCACAGCGGCUAUUGACAAAAAUGGUAUUCUGCAUGUAGUUAGGGUGUUGUUUAGGGCUGAGAAUGGUAGGAUCAGGCAGGGGAAUGUCUUGGUUGAUUCAGGGUCAACGACCAACAUUAUCCGGAGGGAUUUUGCAAGAGGUUUGGGCCUCCAGGGCAAGAACGAGCCCAUUGAAGUUCAAGUUGUUGGUGGGUCACAGCAGGGCCAGCAGGAUAGUCGUAGACUAAAGUUCUGGAUUUCCCAUUUGGAUGGAGUGGAGGAGCACUUAGUUGAGGCUCAUGAGAUGGAUUGCACAGUAUCUGAGGUCCCACCUUUGAACAUGGAAUAUUUGCAUUCAUUUUCUCAUCUCAGGGAUUUGAACAUCUCCCACCCUGGUGGUCCAGUCGACCUAAUAUUGGGGGCUCAGUACAGUCAUCUCCACUCAGAGGAAGAGGUCAGGCGUGGAUUGGAUUUUGGGCCCAUAGCCAAGCGCAUCCCACUGGGUUGGUAUGUAAUCGGUUCUGAGGGGAAGGCCCCUAAGCGGCUGUCUGUGAAUCUGGUUACUAGGAAGGUCGAUAUGUCUGACUUGUAUGAUCUGGAGGUGCUUGGGGUCAGAGCCCCAACUUGUCAAUGCCCUGUUGAUCCCAUGUCCUCAGAGGACAGGAAGUCUCUAGCGCUGUUGGAGAGCUCUGUGAGUCUGGAGGGGGACCGAUACAUGAUCGGUUUACCAUGGAAGAGAGAUCCCUGUCUCUUGCCUGACAAUUAUUGCCUGACCAAGAAGAGGCUAAUCUCUUUGGAAAGGAGUCUAUCUCGUACUCCAGAGAAGGCUUUGCUUUAUGAUGCCGCCGUCCAGGAGUAUGUCGACAAGGGAUGGGCCGUAAGGGUUGACCCCUGUGAUCUUGAGAAGAGGCCUAGGUUUUAUCUGCCGCAUCAUGGCAUAUACCGUCCUGAUAAACUCAGCACACCCCUAAGAGUAGUCUUUGACCCAGCUUGUCAGUUCCAGGGUGUCUCCUUAAAUUCUUUUCUAUAUAAGGGCCCAAAUUUGAUUGGAAACUUGUUUGGAGUAUUGCUUAGGUUCAGGGAGGACUUAGUUGCUAUUGUGGGUGACAUCUCUAAAAUGUUCCUUCAGAUUUUGUUGAAGCCUGAGGAUACCGAGGUGCAUCGUUUUCUGUGGCGAAACCGGGAUGACACAAGAGACCCUGAAAUCUUCAAGCUGACCAGAGUUGCAUUUGGUGAUCGAUCAUCCCCUGACAUGGCGAGCCUAGUGAUGUUGAAGAUAGCUGAGCGCCACAAGACGUGUCAUCCGGAGGCUGCCCAGGUCCUAGAAGAAGAUCGAUACGUGGACGACCUGAUACAUUCCUGUGGAAAGACAGACGUUGCCCGAGGCAAGAUGAGUGAUCUUGAUGAAAUCCUAGCGACAGGGAGCUUCAGAGUCAAGGAGUGGUACAUUUCUCGUGGUAUCGGUAAACCUGAAGGUCAGCCAGCUAGUGUGCAUAGUGGUGAGUCUAUUAGUCUUGGAGGUAGCGGUAACGAUAGCGUCAAGACCCUUGGGGUAUCUUGGGAUCAUAGCACUGAUUCUAUUCAUUUCAAGGUGAAGGAUCCACCUGACUCGUCUUUGACUAAGAGGUCUGUAUUGUCUCAUCUGUCAACUCUCUAUGAUCCACUUGGUCUUGCUACCCCAGUCACAAUCACUGCCAAAAUUGCCAUGCAGGACAUUUUGAGACUCAAGGACUUUGGUUGGGACACUGGUCUGCCCCCCGACCAGGUUCAGCGAUGGAAUGAGAUUUUCUCCAGUUUCAAACAACUUGAGACAGUGUCUGUCCCUAGGGUGGCCCCACUCCACCAAACCACAAUUCCGCGCCUUGAGCUGAUGGCAGCUCUCAUUGCCUCACGUCUGGCUAAGACUAUUCAUUCUGAGCUGCGUACCAAGCCUGAGGUCCACUUGUGGUCUGAUUCUGAGAUUGUCCUCCACUGGGUCAAGUCUGACUCUCUCUCCUUGAAGCAAUUUGUUGGGGUAAGAGUUGCUGAAAUUCGGGCAACCUGGGAUCCCUCAGUUUGGAAGUUUGUCCCAACAGCCCAGAAUCCUGCGGAUGAUCUCACCAGGGGAUUGACACCAGAAGAGAUGGCCGGUCGCUGGAUUGAGGGGCCAGAGUUUCUGAGGAAAGGAGAGACACAUUGGCCAGCUCAGCCGUCGAAGAUUGCUGAAAGGGAUUGUGAGAAGAGACCGGAAAGACAACCCCCAAGAUGUCUGCAUCAGCUGUGA